AUGAUUACUGACAACAUUCUAAUUGCCGUAGGUUAUGGAACAUUACCAAUUCAAUUAGUAGGAAUUUAUUUUGUAAUGAAAGUACGAAAAAAACUAAAUGAUAUACAAUUCUUAAUUUUGAUUGGUAUUUGUUUGGUCGAGAUACAACUUGCUGUUUUGAUACCUUCAAGAAUUUUAUUUAAAAUUUUGAAUGUAAAAAAAGCAGACCAUUUGACAUCAAUUUACAUUGAUAUUGGUUUAGCAUUAGAAUACUAUUGCAAUUUUAACAGAUUUGAUGUGGUAUUACAUGCUUCUCAUUUUCCUGAAAGCCAUACUGGAAUAAACAUAUCCAAAAAGUUAGAAAGUAUGUGGGAUAGCUGGAAAAUUCAAGCUGAAAGACGACAUAUUCUUGUAAGAGAUGGUGCAAGCAACAUGAUAAGUGGGAGUAAUCUAGCUGAAAUUCCCGCAAUCCAUUGUACUAUUCAUUUACUUCAAUUAGUUGUUUCAGAUUCUAUAAGUGAAAAUAUUGUAAUUGAUGUUCUUUCAAAAUGUCGUCGACUUGUAUUUUAUUUUAACCAUUCAUCUCUAGCAUGUACCAACUUUAAACAAAUUCAGCUGCAACAAAAUCUCGACCCUCUUUGUCUUGUUCAAGAUGUCCCAACAAGAUGGAACAGCACUUAUCUUAUACUUGAUAGAUUAAACAAGUUAAAAAUUCCAGUUCAACUAUACUUAGCAGAACGUUCUGAUUUAAUGCCCUUUUCUACAUUAGAAUGGACAUUAAUAUUAAACAUUAUUAAACUGUUAAAGCCUUUUUUCCAAUUAACUCAGGAAAUAAGUUCAGAAAUAACACCUUUGUCUUCUGUAAUUCCAAAUUUGUGCUCAUUGAAGAAAUUUAUGUCAAAAUGUCAAGUUGAUUUAAGUAUUCAAGAAACAAAGAAUCGGCUUACAACUUCUUUAAAAAAUCGAUUUUUUUCUGAAAUAAAUGAUGCGAAGUCUUUAAACAUUUUGAAAAACAGGUACUAUGUCAUAGCUACUUCAAUUAAUCCAAGAUAUAAGUUUUCUUUCUUUGAGGAGGAUAUCAAAAAACAGGCUAAGUACUGGUUAAUAAAUGAAAUUUUAUCCUUUGAAAAAACUCUUGUUUGUUCUGAAAAAGUAGAUUUUAGUGUAAAUGAAGAACCAUCACAAUUAAAUUUUUCAAUUAAUACUGAAAAAGAAGACACUCUUGAAGCAUACAGAAAACUCUGUCCAAUAAAGACCUGGAUGCAAGAAGAACGAUUCCCUCGUUUAAAAACAAUUGCUUCAAAACAUCUAUGCACUCCUGCAUCAUUCAUAUUUUCUGAAAGAUUGUUCUCAGAAUAUGGUAAUAUCUAUGAGAAAAAGAGAUCUAGGUUAUUGCCUAAAACAGGAGAAAUGCUUUUGUUUAUUCACCAUAAUGGGAGGAAAAUAGAAUGA